AGGGCUGGGAGGGCGGUAGCAGCGGGCGGGAUGGGUCCUCGCCGCCGGUUUUGCUGAGACUCGCUCGCGUGGGCUGCCAGCGGCGGGCCCGCAGUGGCCGCGGCGGCAUGAAGGGCGCUCUGGGGAGCCCCGUGGCCGCGGCCGCCGCAGGCGCCGCGAUGCAGGAGAGUUUCGGCUGCGUCGUGGCCAACCGCUUCCACCAGCUGCUGGACGACGAGUCGGACCCGUUCGACAUCCUGCGCGAGGCCGAGCACCGGCGCCAGCAGCAGCUGCAGCGCAAGAGGCGCGACGAAGCAGCGGCGGCGGCCGGGGCCGGCAACCGCGGCGGCAGGAGUCCGGCCGGGGCCUCGGGCCACAGACCUGGCGCGGGCGGCGGCCGGAGGGAGUCCCAGAAGGAGCGCAAGAGCCUCCCGGCCCCUGGCGCGCAGCAGCCGGACAGCCCCGGGGGCGGCCCGCUGCCACCCGGUACGCGCGCCCCGCCGGGCACCUGGGCACCCCCGGGCCAGAAGCGAGCUCCUAGAAGAGGGGAGCAGCAGGGAUGGAAUGACAGCCGGGGGACGGAGGUGACACUUGACAGAGCAGAGCGGAGAUCCUACAGGGAAUAUCGACCCUAUGAGAGCGAGAGACAGGCAGACUUUACAUCUGAGAAGUUCACGGAUGAAAAACCCAUUGACAGGUUUGAUCGAGACAGACCACUGAGAGGCCGUGGAGGCCCAAGGGGGGCCAUGCGAAGCCGAGGCAGAGGCGGCCCCGGGAACAGAGCUUUUGAGGGUUUUGACCAGAGAGGGAAACGAGAUUUUGAGAGAGCAAUCAGAACUGAAGACAACAUGGGUGGCUGUGGAAUUCGAACUUGGGGAUCAGGCAAAGAUACCAGUGACGUGGAGCAGACUGCACCAAUGGAAGAGACCACAGCGGUGGAAGAGUCCCCAGGCCCCCUGGAGGAGGAAUCUCCAGCCAAAGUUCCUGAGUUGGAGUUAGAAGAGGAAACUCAAGUUCAAGAGAUGACCCUUGAUGAGUGGAAAAAUCUUCAAGAACAGACAAGACCAAAGCCUGAGUUUAACAUCCGGAAACCUGAGUCCACUGUCCCUUCCAAAGCAGUGGUGAUACACAAGUCCAAAUAUAGAGAUGAUAUGGUAAAGGAUGACUAUGAAGAUGAUGCCCACGUUUUCCGGAAAGCAGCCAAUGACAUCACAUCCCAGCUGGAGAUUAAUUUCGGUAACCUCCCUCGUCCUGGGCGUGGAGCCAGAGGUGGCACACGGGGAGGCCGGGGAAGGAUCAGAAGGGUGGAGAACUACGGACCCAGAGCAGAAGUGGUGACACAAGACGUUGCUCCCAACCCAGAUGACCCUGAGGACUUUCCUGCUCUGGCCUGAGAGAGCCCUAUUUCCCUAGCAAGCUACAACAGCAUUGGCAUACCUAUGAAGAGACUUUUCUUGGUGUGGGGAAGAGAGUCAGACUCUAAGAACAAUAGAUGUUGCUCUUUCCCGUUUA